AGAAGCAAUUAUUUGUUCAGCAAAAUGCGAGAAGGUCCCCCAAAGCUGGUUGCUCAUUUAUUUGAGUUGUUAAGAAAGCAAGGCAGAGAGAGUUUAUGAGAGUGUGAAGCAGGUGAAACUUUUAUUGCUCAUUCAUUCACUGUUUCGAUCCCUCUCUUUCCAACCCAUCCACCGACAAUUUAUACACACAGGCUCUUCAUCUCAGCUCAGCACUCACCCACAGCCUAAUCACUUUGCCAUAUUUGAUGACAUUGUUGAUUGUACCCUCAACCCCCCCACUUAUUCCCUUUCUGCUUCUCUGCUCCCUAGCUUCUUUCCCCCUCCUCUCUCUCUCUCUCUCUCUCUCUCUCCACAAAAGGAUAUGGCAAAAGCAAACAAGUUCAGAGGUGUGAGGCAGCGCCAGUGGGGCUCCUGGGUGUCAGAAAUUCGCCAUCCAUUACUGAAGAGACGUGUAUGGCUGGGGACUUUUGAGACGGCGGAGGCGGCGGCUAAGGCAUACGAUCAGGCCGCCAUCUUGAUGAAUGGCCAAAGUGCAAAGACGAAUUUCCCCACUUCAAUGUAUCAGCCACAAGACAACCCUGCUUCUUUAUCUCCCAAGGGUCUUUCAGAUCUCCUCAGCACCAAGCUUAAGAAGUGCUGCAAAGCCCCGUCUCCUUCUCUCACUUGUCUGAGGCUUGACGCUGACAAUUCUCACAUCGGCGUGUGGCAGAGAGGAGCCGGACCACGUUCUGACUCUAACUGGGUCGUCAGGGUGGAGCUCGGCGGCAACAAGGAUCAGGCCAAGGACGAGUCCGAUCCGUCGGUGAUCAGGUCGUCGGUGCCGGAGACCGGUGAACAAGCAGGUAACCCGGUGGUGGAUGAAGAAGACAGGGUCGCAAUGCAGAUGAUCGAAGAGCUGCUUAACUGGAACUCUCCUUGAAAUUCGACUGCUUCUCAUGAAUGGCAAGCUAGCAGCCUUCCAUAUCACCAGAGUUCUUCCAUAUAGGAUUUGUUUGUCCACUUUCUGCAGUGUCUCGUUUAAAAUAUAGUUCCGUUUAGCUAUAUUCUUUUAUGCCCUAACUGGAUUAUUUAAGACUAAAUUGAAAGGGAAGAAACAAAAAUAAAGUACAAGGUACUCAAUAUAAUAAUAAUUAAGCCGAGAUGUUAUUUAGUGCUUGGUUAUAAUGGCUGCAGUUUGACGACUGUAUAUCUGGAAGCAUCUGUGCAUAUAUGUAGAACAACUUAAUGAAUCUGCCAUUGAUAC